AUGUGGGCAAGCACUAGGUCUCGUGAAGUAAAACUCAAGGCUUCAAGAGCUGCUGAAGCAGUAGCCGGAUGCAAGCAGUGUGAAGAUGGCUUCACCAGCGAAAGAAAGCAAGGAGACAGCAAUGUCAUCCAACAAAGGUCAGGGGUUACAACCAGCAGCUACCUGUCCAGAGAAGGAUGCCUCUCCAUCUCCUCCUCAUCCUCUGCCGGGGAAGAAGGAGUUCUUCGAGAGCCUUGGAGGGGGUCCUCUGGCCUGGAUCAGGUCACUCUCUCUCCUCUAGGAAACAGCCUCAGCUCUGGCGAUACCAGCGACGACAACGUCACCCGCUUAGGGAGGCAGAAAGUGACCAAGCCCCAUCGGAAACAUGUCCGGAUAUCUGAUCAAGGUAGUGAUGGUGCAGGGUCCGGUCAGCUGAAGCUACCAAGUCAACGUGGAAGCUCCCUGCCAAGGAUGAACCGAGAUAAAGGGUCAAGCUCAGAGGAGAUUGGCGAGGUGUGCAGCGGGAGGUUGAAGCACCCUCAAAGCAGGCUGGGCAUGAGGGGAAAGUUGGUGUCUCCUAGAGUUGCUAGUGGCAGGUUGUCCAGUUCAGAUGAAGGGACAGGUGCUGGUGGUAGGUUGGUCUGUAGGCAGCGGAAUGAAAGCGAUAGCUCCCAUGAUAGCAGUGAAGAUUCAGGGUCACUAGGGGAGAAGUCUAAGCAGACUCAGAUGAGGAGACCAGCUUCUAGGAUGCAGCGACCAAGACAGAUACAGCGACCAAAGGCUAGCCAGCAACAGUGCAGGAAACCUGAUGGCAGUGUAGCAUUGGAUGGCAGAGGCAACCAAUCAAGCAGGCUACAGAAACCAACUUCCUACCAUAAGGGAGAUGGCAGAGGAGAGCAGACAAAGGCUGUUCCUGCACAAGAGCAGCAAGGAAGCUUAGAAUGGCAGCAACUGCAGCUUCAACAGCAACAAGACAAACUUCAUAAACAACACCAGGCUGCCCACAAACAGCAACAGGAGAAUCAGCAAAGACUGCACAGCCAACAGCAACAACUGCAGAAGAAUCAGCAGGAGAAGGUGUCCGCUAAUCUGCAGAAGCAACAAGAGAUAUUGGUUGAGCAGCAACAGCAGCAGUUUAAGAGGCAGCAGCUGCUGCAACAGCACCACAUGUGGCAGCAGCAACAACAGAAGAGCCAAGAGCUGGCAAUGCCCAAAAUUGCCCGCACCCAAGGAAUGAUCACAAAGCGGUCAAGCAAUCAAGACUUGACGUCGUCACAACGAAGAUCCCCAGAAACUAUAAAAACCACUCAGGAACUGAGGCAUUCUAGCCCUGAUCUAAUUGAUAAUAAACUUUCCUCAACUCAACACACAGCAACAGUACACACCCAAGAGAAACAGAAUGGGGCUGAUAAGCAAUGCCCCAAAUCCCGUCUCCCUGCACCGUCAUCGAGGCUGCCUUCCAGUCGACAGCCUGCUAACGGUGCAGUGAAGAGAGACACUGGAAACCCCACACAAACCAAGAACAUUGCAAAUGGCAUGCCAGUCCACAAAUCAAAGAUGCCCAGCCCAAAGUCCCCGAGACGCACCAUUCCUGCCAGUAACGCCCCAAAACUUCAGAAGGGUUCCCCUCCUCCAGAGAAGCGAAUCCUGGGCGUCACGAACAGCGCUGGGGUCAGGCAACCCGGUGUCCAGCUCCAGUGCAACCAGAAUAACAACCCAACCGUUGCUCCAAGAGGGCAAGUCCAGACAACAACCCUCACCACCACCACCACCACCAUCACCACUACCACCCUACCACAAGGCACCUCCAAGCUCCCUUCUCCCGUUAAAUCCAAUAUCAAACCUCCAAGUAGGUUAGCACAGCCGAAGGUCAAAGUUCAUAGUAAGAUUCCAAAAGGUUCAGGCAUUCCAAUGAAGAGCAGAGAUGCAAACUGA